UGGACAUCAUAAAAAAGGCUGGGGGGGGGGGGGUUAUGGAGUUGGAGCUUCUCUGAAAUAAUAUUUUAUGUCAAUUGUUUGCCACACCUGAUGUGGUUAACAAGUUUAAUUUGAAAUACAAAUCUUAUUAUGUAAAAAAAUAAUAAUAAAAGGUUUUAUAGGAAUUUAUGUUAAAGGGGAAUGUAAUCAAAAUAUCAUUACAAAAGAAAAAUGUAAAUAUUGUUUGAAUAGACUACAUUAUAUCCGAAAUUGUGUUAAAGUAACUGGUAAUAAUAAUAAAAAAUAACUUUCUUUUCUGUGGAUUGAAAUGAUAGAACAUUAUUUUUUUCUUUAUUAUGAAGGAAAUGUGCGAUUAAAUCCCAGCUCGGAGGCUUUGUCGCUGAUUGGCUUAGCUUGUUCCUGACGUCAUUGGGUUCCCCCCGCAGUCGUGUUUGCAGUGUUUCGCGCAGGCGCACUUGAAGCAGGACCUCAGUCACGUCUGUCGAGGCUCGGCGGGUAGCAGCACCUUUCUCCUUCCAGCUCUCACGUUUCACAUUCGUCCAGUUAAAUCGAGGUCAACGCUCGCAAACAGGAAAAUGUUGUGCAAGAUCAGAACCAUGUAGGAGUGGCUGCUUCAGUCCAGAUGCUCCCUGACACCUCUCCCCAAAAUCCUCCUGUUCCUGCUGAGCUUUAGCUGACUUUAGACCGCUGCAUCAGAGGGGCUCAUCUGACAUGGAGGCUGUUGCAGUGGACAACCUGAUAGACUUUGAGCCGCCCUCAAAGGUCAUGUCCCUGAGCGUGGAAACAGGCCAGCACCAAGGCCACACUGACGUCUUCUCCCCUGAACCCUCUUCCGUCGGAGUCCAUCAGCAGCCGUUGCUGCCUGAACCCAUGGCCCCAACCCAGUCCUGCUCCCCCCACCCCCCAGUGGACGAAGACAAUGGUAGCGAUGCCACAGAGUCGGCAGACAGUGAGAACGACAUGGACCCGCCCUCUCAUGAGUGGGACCUCAGGAGGUCUUCGUCCUCUUCCGCCCACAGCGGCGAGGACGCGGCCGCUGAGACAGUGGAGAUGAGACAGUUCAUGAAGGUUUAUGUGGGAAAGAUUUUUAACGGAAAUGAGGACUUUGACCAGGAGGAAAAAGCUCGUUUUGGAGAGCUGUGCAGUGGAGAGAAUGGAAAAGGCAGGGAGUGGUUUGCAAAGUAUGUCACCGCCCAGCGCUGCCACUCCAAAUGCGUGAGUGAAGGCACCUUCUAUAGGCUGGUGCAGUCAUUUGCUGUCGUUCUAUUUGAAUGUUUUCAGUUGGACGACUACAGCCCUGCCAAAAAUCUCAUGACCAUGUGCUUCACGUAUUACUACAUCGGGAAGUCUCAGCCGUCUCCGUCAGAGCUGCUUGGUGGUCCUCUUGGUGGUCGGGAUUCGUACCUCAACAAGGCAAAUGUGUGGCUGUCUGGAAAGAAAGACGCAGCAGAGCGCCUCCUCAAAAACACACCCAAAACUGACGUCAAAGGCUUCUUUGGAGGCCUGGAGAGCAAGCUGAGAAGCUCCAUGGCUCCAAAGUCCGAGGAAGGCUCAUUUGAGAUGAAGGCCCAAUCAACAGAGGCUCCAGAGGAAAAGAAAGAAGAAAAGGUGUAUCUGUAUACUCACCUACGGCAACAACCCAUCUGGCACACGCUGCGGUUCUGGAACGCUGCGUUCUUUGACGCCGUGCACUGCGAGAGGACGAAGAGGUCUCCGACCACAAGUGGAGCUCAGGAUGAAGAGAAAGAUAAGAGGGAGAAGUGGGAUCACAUGAGCCAGAAGGAGAGGGACGACACCUCCAAGAUCGAUGAGAACAUCGCUUUCGGACAACUGGGAACGUUCACUCAUAACAUGCUGGCGUUCGGCCUCAGUAAGAAGCUCUGCAUGGACUUCCUGAAGAAGCAGGCCGUCAUCGGGAAUCUGAAUGAAGAACAAUACAAGCAGCUCAGCGACUACAUCGAGAAAAUGGAUCCAGAGUGACUCAAAGGACGACCUGAUCAUCAGAUCUGAGUUUAGCAAACUCCACCUGAGCAAUAAGUCCAUCUUUACAGCAAAAGCACUCCAGAAACACACCGCAUGCAGGUUGCAUAUCUUUGUGUUGGUCACCCUGUGCUGCUCAUUGUGUCUUUUUUUCAAGUGUUGUGUAUUCUUGAAGCAAUAAGACGUAAAUGUGUCGUAGCUAGAUGGUCCUUUCUGUAAAAUAUAGUUCAUCUCUGGCUAAAUUGGUCAUGAAUCUGAAGCUUUAUUGGCCCCAGUGGUGGGUACUGAUGUUUGUAUUUGUUAAACACAAAUGUCUGUAUAUUGUGAGUCUGAAGGAAAAUUGUUUAGUCUCUACAAAAAAAAAGGAACUCGCGUCGCCAUGCUUGUGAAAGUGACUCUUCUCUUUACUUUCACACAUUUUAGAGCCACUAUAAAUCAAAUUUUUUUUUUUUCUUUUAAACCCUUAAUGUUUGACUUGUCACCCAAACCCCCGCCCCUCCCCAAAGUGCCUUUUUGUGUAAGUGAAAUCCUCAACCUGCGUGGCGUUGCCUCAGUCCUGCUGCAUGUGCAAACCCACAGGUAGCUGUAGUAACGUCGCCCUGCCACCCUGAGGCAGCGCUGCCUCUCUGUCCUAAGCCUCGUUCACAACCUGCUUUAAAGCUCUGUAAAUAUUCUGUGUCCCUCUCUGUAUAAGUGUGCAUUCUGACUGUCUCUGUGAGCGCCACCCAGUCAAACCUUUAUUCAAAAGCUGGUGCGUUGACAUAAGUAUCUGUGUGUCAGCUCACCUCCAGCUGCCGGCCUCUGGACAUCCGUCUGUUCGUGGAAACUGCUUUCAAGUGGAAUUGUUUUCAAAAAGUUCCGUGUUAAUAAAACUUUAAUAAAUCCCUGCUGUGAUUUUGUGUUGCUGUUUUAAGAAUCCCUAUAAUUUGUCAAGUGUUAACUUAAGUCUGUCAGUCUUAGAUUUAUCCUUUACUUUACUUUAUUAAUUGAUUGUUCUCAGCUCAUCCAUUUUUGGUUCCUGGUCAGCCUUGUGCAGUGUUUUCUUUUACUUCUGUAUUUCUCAAACUAUCUCCUGCAAUUGGUUGUAAAGUACUAUGUUGACCCAAAUCCAUACUCUGAUUCUGGUAACUAAUCAUCCACGAUAUUCCUCAACAAAACAUCAGAAGAAGUUAAGAAUUUUGUUUCUUCAUGAUUCCAUGAGUCCCACUUCAAUUGUCUUUUGAUUUGUUUUCAAAGUGUUCAAUUAUCACCGUCAUUUUCUAGAACAUAGUUUCUGCAGAGCGGCAGGAGUUCGUUUUUUUGUCGAGGGCGGGGACUGUUAGUGCAAAGCAACCUAACCCACCCUUGCCCUCCCCAUUUAGCUCUUUGUUUACACAUUCCCGCUAAUGUACAACCCCUCACAGCCUCAAUCUAACAUUAGCGGUGCAACAAAAUUAGCGAGCGAUAUUGGAGCUAUCCAGCUGUACAGUCUUGAGACAGAUGCCAGCUCAGACGAGGAAAACAAAAACGUACAUGCAUCCAUUUUUCUGUAAACAUCAGAAUGGAGCGCAGCAAGGAGUUUGUGGCCCAUCCGGUGUAUUCUCUGCAUCACAAAUAAGAUAUUUUUCAAGCAAGAAUUUUUUUGUCUGUUCCUGAUUCACAAGGAAUUGAAUAAAGAAAUGCUCAGAAAUGAAAUUUUAAGCUUAAUUUUCUUCAUAAAUAUCCCCCAUCAUCAGAAAAAUAUCAUAAAAUCAUGUUAAAAAGUCCAAAAAUAAAGAUAUUCAAGGAAAGUUUCAUACAAAACCCCAAUAUUUACCCCUGACACACAUGAUCACCCAAAAAAAACCUUAAUAGGCGGAUGGUGCAGCCUAUGUACAGCCUAUAGAGAGUUGCUGAAGAUGUACAUGAGCCCCAGACAAGACAAAAACUACACUCAGCAGAUCUGCACAAAACCAUGGGAGCGCUUGAUUUAUUCAGCUUUAAAUCAAAUCAAGCUGUAAUUAUAAAACAGUUCUCAUACUACCGUAUUGCAAAGUGCUCUACAGGCUUAAAACAAUUUUAAAAAGACAUUUUAAAGCAGACCAAAUUCCCCUCAGCCCUCCCAACCCCCCACCUCCAAUAGAAUGAAACUUAAAAUGACAUGGAUAAAACUCUAAAUAGAAAUAGAAACUGAAGUGGAAACAAGGCUUGAUGCUGAUGUAAGGAAAUUAUAUUUUGGGGAUCUGCCCAUGCCAGCGACUGACCCAGUCCUUAUCACAGAGGACAUCCCCACAGGACAGCCCCUAAUCAGAGCAAGCCGCCAGACCCGGGAGGUCCCACUGCAACAACCCCCCUCCAGAAGGGGAGGGUUGGUCACUGUGUGGAGGAUCCUCCUGAGGAAAAUACAGGAGUUAAAACAACAUUUUAAAAGAGUGAAAUGCACCAAAGUAAACGAAGAGAUUGGUAAUCAAAUAAAUACCGUAAAUAAACCUACUGACCUCAAUGGAAAAGUAGAUAUAGAAAGACUUAAAAUGAGCUUCUAUGAUUCUGGCACUAGUCCUGCUGGACACCAUCAAUGCAGUUUUUUGUCAAACUUGAACUUUGAACUGUUUGAGCAUAAUCUGUCAGAGUGUGAAAACAGAACAAGUAAUGAUAGUUUUCAGUCACAUGACCUGUAGGUAGCAGUCCAAGACGGGGCUCCACACUGGACUUUAUGCUGUGGAUUGGGAAAAAUCCCUCCUCUCCUUUGUACGGUGGCCCUGAAGUGCAAAGCAUUCAACAAAUCACUCGAUACAAAAACAUUUUUAAGAUCACAACAAUUAAAAAAAAAAAAAAAAAAA